UGACUUUGACAAAACUUCACACAGCAGCAGCGCACAACGGUGUGGAGCACAGAAGCGCAGCGUACAGUGCACUCGCAACCAUCCAUCCGUACAGUUGGAUGUCACCGGCAAACGGCAACGGCUGCGGCAACAAAAUACAAUCAUUAGCAAGACGUUAACUCGCAAAGUUAAAUACAAUAAUAUAGCAAGUAAAAGAAAAAGAAAAAAAAAAGAAGAAGACGAACCUUAAGAAAUAGAACUUGCGGUAGCAAAAGAAACAACAGAAACAGAAGCUGAAGCUGAAGCAACAGAAGUCAUCAGAAAUACGACGUGUGAUCUUGAUCUUGAUCUUCUUCUUUGAAUCAUCGAAUUCAGCACAGUACGUGUAUAUAUAAAGUUAAACAACAACAACAACUACUACUACAACAACAACAAUAAUAAUAAUAAUAAUAAUACAAUUCAUAAGAGCAACCGACAACGGUGUUAUUGCUUUUGCUGUUACGCUUACUAGGUUGGUGGUGAUGUUAUUAUUGCUGAUGAUGGUGAUGAUGCUUUGAUUGUGGCAACAAAGAAUUGACUUGGGAUCGAGCUACAAACUCUCAGCCUACAUUUGCUUUGUUAUCGGACAAAUGAAAAAUUGUUAGUAAUUUUUUUUUUCAUUGAAUUUAAUGGAAGUUUAGUUGAGUGCUAUUAUUUUUGUGCUGGUGUGAACUUUUCUUAUCUUUAACAUUCAUGUAAAUGUUACAACGAUAAAUGAACUACUAUCAUACGUAUACAUACAUACAUACACACAUUCAUAGAGCAAAGUGAAAAUGCACAAGUAAAUAUAAAUAUAAACAAACUUAAAUAUAAUAAAGCUUUUAAAUAAAUGAUAAAGCAAAACUGCCGUGAAAUUAGCCAACAACGAACCAUUUUUUUUUUAAUUAAAAGAAAUAAUAAAUAUAAUUAACAGUGACUUAUAAACAUAAUAAAAUUAAAAACAAUUGAGUCAUAAAAAAUAGAUUAAGAAAGCGAAACAACUUUUUCUAGUACUUAAACAACUUUUAUACAAACAAACAAACUACAUACAUACAUAAGUUCACACAACCAUAGCAAGACAAUGACGGCGCAUGAACAACCGAUUAGCUACUUGGACAGCAUCCUGAACGAGGAGGAGUCACGCUGUGAAUACAGUCAUCAGUGGCGCAAUUUCACAAUCUCACGUUCGGGCCGUUUCAAGUCGAAAAAUCGUAAGCGCGACGUUGUCGAUGGUAAACUCUUCGAUGCGGUUAAUAUGCCCAAUGGGAUGUCGGCAACGUCCAAGACAUCGUCUGCUGCCGCCGCUGCUGCCGUUACGGGUCAUAGUCGUGUCAUGGCAUCAGCCACCAUGAAUCCACAUUUCAAGCAGGAGCCGGAUAAGAACGCUUAUCGUCAGUCUUCAGCAAUGUCCAGUAAACUAUUCUCAUCGCAGUCCAUGCCAUCAGCUUCUACCAGCUCGGGUUCAAGAAAUGCGUCAAUGCGUGAAAAGACAGAGAGCUACAAAAGUUACUAUGAAACGAAUUUAUAGAUGCUACCUGCAUACAUUACGCAAAAUACAUAUGUAUAGUUCGUUUUUUUAUAAUAAGUAAGAUUAAUUGUGAAAGGCAUGUGAAAACGUUAUUUUUAUAUUUGAGCUUAGUAUAUACAUAACUUUAUUAUUGCAUUUUUUUUCGAAAAAUUUAACA